GGCCUUCCUAUUGUGUGAGGAAGAAAAGCCCAAUUAUAAUUCUAAUACAUUGGGUUGAGUGAAUUUAGAGUCAAAUAGUGAUUUGUUAAGAGAAAGAGGUGAGACUCGAAAAGACCAAGAUUACGAAAAGAACUAGUAAAGAAGAGCAAGAAAAGAGAUGGAAAACUUGAACCAUGGCGAAUCUUCUUCCAAUGGAGGCAUUCGAAGUCGCUUCGAACUUCUUUCCAAACCACAACUCGUUGAUCUUCUCUGCAAUCUAGCCUCCCGACAUCCUUCCAUCGCACAAGAAAUCGAAACUCUUACAAAUGUUCAUUCCCAUCGAACGCUUUUCGUUUCCGGCUUGUCCUCCCAAACAAAUUCACAAACUUUAAGUCGUGCAUUUGAAGAGUAUGGAGAAAUUGAGAGAGCUACUGUGAUUCGUGAUAAAGUCACAAAAAUAUCCAAGAACUAUGGAUUUGUCACUUACAGAGAUGUUAAAUCAGUUCAUGAUGCACUGAGAGAACCUAGGAAAUAUAUUGAUGGGUCAGUGGCUAGAUGUGAUGUAGCUAAUGAGCGCCAAGGGAAAACUAGUGGUCCUGAUUUUCCCCUCACCAGGAAGAUUUAUAUUGGAGAUUUAGCAGCAGGAGUAACAAGCGAAAAUCUGCGCAGCGAUUUUCAGAUGCAUGGUGAAAUAGAAGAAGCAGUUGCAAUGACAAAUGAUAGAUAUGGAUUCGUUACAUUCGCGACAGCAGAGGCUGCAAAGAAGGCUAUAGAUCACAACAGUCUUCAUCCAACAUUUGCUGAAGGGAGAAAAAGGAUUGUGAAAUAUGCUAAUCCCCGGAGGGGUCCACGAGCUUUACGAGGGAAUUCAAGUCCAGAAUAUGAGCAGGCUGAGGCUGAAGAUGAUUAUGUUGAUUAUCAUUCUCCAGUACCAUAUGGUCCACCUCCUUAUGAAAUAUAUGGUGUUUCCUAUCCUCGUCUUUCUGCAGUGACAGAUGAAUUCGGGACCCGUUAUUACUAUGACUGUUCCUAUCCCUACUAAGCAUUGUGUUGAUAUUGGGAAUUCUUUCUUUGGUCUCUUGUGCUAGUUCUUGUGAUUAUCACCUAGUUCUUUCUUUCAUCAAUUCGUGUAACACCAAUGCAUAUAACUCUAUAC